AGAGCUGCGAGGAGACAGCGACUGAGCUGUUGCCCGGGUCUCACGUCUGCCGAGCCGGCGGGUUUCCGGAGCCUUCGGGCGCGGCGUGCGCGGCGGGGAGUGCGGCGCCGGCUGCGUCUCGCGGUGGCUGCGUCGCCCUCCCUCUAGCGUGCGCGUCGGUGGCGGUGUCCGGCGUGCGCUGACUGGACGCCGGCGUCUCCGUGGCUCGCCGCACGCCCGCCGCACGCCCCCCGCCCGCCCCCGGGCGCGUCGUGCUCGCUCGCUCGCUCGCUCGCUCGCCCGCCCGCUCUCCCCACGCGGAGGCCCGCCUCCAGGGCCGGGCGAGCCUGUCGCGAGGCACCGGCGGUGGGAUUCUUUUCCUCUGAGUUUUUGACUCCGUAGUCCCCUGAAUGGCUGCCGGGCGUUGAAACGGUUUAAACGAGAGAAACAACUGUUCAUGCAUGGUGCACGACCAACUCUUGUGAUCACUGACCUGCCAUAGCCUUAUGUGUAUAGUCUUGCACCUAAAGAAGAAAGAAAUGGCUUGUGUUGAGUAUUCUUUUCAUGUGCCAAGUCUUGAGGAGCUUGUUGUAGUUCUGCAGAAGGGGCUAAAGGGUAACUUUGCUGAUGUCCAGGUCUCUGUGGUUGAUUGCCCUGAUCUGACUAAGGAGCCAUUUACCUUUCCUGUAAAAGGCAUCUGUGGGAAAACUAGAAUUGCAGAAGUAGGAGGUGUGCCUUACUUAUUGCCUCUUGUAAAUAAAGAAAAAGUUUAUGAUCUAAAUAAGAUUGCAAAAGAAAUCAAGCUUCCUGGAGCUUUUAUUCUUGGAGCAGGAGCAGGCCCAUUUCAGACUCUUGGGUUCAACGCUGAGUUUAUGCCAGUUAUUCAAAUAGGAAGUGAACAUAAACCUGCAAUGAAUGGAAGUUACUUUGCCCGUAUUAACCCUGCAGAUGGAGGGUGCCUGCUAGAGAAAUACAGUGAGAAAUACCAUGAUUUUGGGUGUGCAUUACUGGCUAAUCUUUUUGCCAGUGAGGGCCAACCUGGAAAGGUCAUUGAGGUGAAAGCCAAAAGAAGAACUGGAAAACUUAACUUUGUGACUUGUAUGAGACAGACUCUUGAAAAACAUUAUGGAGAUAAACCUGUAGGGAUGGGAGGGACUUUCGUAAUUGAGAAGGGAAAAGCAAAGACUCACAUAAUGCCUGCAGAAUUUUCUUCCUGCCCAUUGAACUCUGAUGAAGAGGUGAAUAAAUGGUUGCACUUUUAUGAGAUGAGAGCUCCUUUGGUUUGUCUGCCAGUUUUUGUCUCCAAAGACCCGGGGUUUGAUUUGCGUUUGGAGCACACUCACUGUUUUAGUCAUCAUGGGGAAGGUGGACACUACCAUCAAGAUACAACCCCAGACACAGUGGAAUAUCUUGGAUACUUCUUGCCUGCAGAGUUUCUGUAUCGCAUUGAUCAACCAAAAGAGACUCAUUUAUUUGGGCGAGAUUAAAUCAAAUGAAAGAGAAAUAAUUCACUAAGGUUAACUUAUUACUCACCAAUUGAUGCUAAUAUAAAACUCAAUAGAAAUUAUCUCACUACUGAAAUUCCAUUUUUCUGGCCUUUAACUGGAAGGUAUGUUGACAUUUAUACUCUGUAUUAUUUCAUGGAUAUAUCUUAGAAGUUAUUGGGAACAAAGAUACAUAAUGAAAUGUUCUUUGUUUUUAUUCUGUUAACAGCAAAAUCAGUUUUAUGUUUAUACCUUAAAUAAAAACAUAGUCAGGAAUUGUGAUUAUUCCUACCAUCUACUGGUAAUCACUUACAUUAUUAAAUUUUUCAAAUUAGUCUCAAACUCCCAAGUGGAUGUUUCUGGGUAUUAGAAAAAUCAGUGUUGCAAAUGUUGAUAGUUGUUGAAUCUUAGUACUGAACUUAAAAAAAUCCAUUUCAGAAAUCAGAGUAUACUCUUUUUCAUGGAAUAAGGUGGGCAAAGGAAGCAACUUUACCCCUUUUGGUGGGGUUGAAUCAUACUCAGAAGUUUGCAGUUUGCCUUUCACAAACAUUGGCAACUAGGGAGUUAGCCAUGAUGCCUCCUUUGUUCGGCUUACCAAUUGGAAGCAUUGUACCAUAUCAAUUAUUUGCCAGAAGUAAAGGAAAAAGAAACAGCAUCAAAAUACAGCACUGAAGUGAGUAUACUUUAAUUUACAAGUGAGGUUAUUGCUAAACAUAAUCAUUGUCCUUUGUAAAAUAAAAAGUUAUGUUCUUUUACUGAUGGUAAUUGUUGAAAUUUUCCUGAAUAUUUGUCUAUAAUAAUCAUUAGCCAGAAAUCUACUGUCUAAUCUUAAUCUUGCCAAUGCUAACCUUGUGUAGAUUUAGUAACAAAAUUUAGUUUUAAUACUAAACAUAUACUAAAUCUUCAAAAAAUGUGUUUUCAUUAUCUUCUUUGGAUAUUACCUAUAACAUGACCUAUGAAUAUAAAUUCCUAAAUGUUAUUUUUAAAUAAGCCUCAAUUUGAAAAUAAAAAUUUUAUAUGUACAGUGAUGUUUCUUUUUAAUAUCUUAACCUCCAGACAGAAAAAAAUAUUACUGUUUAUUGGUUUAACAAAAGCGUAUUGAACACCUCCCCUGCCCACUGGAAUGUAAGCUCCAUAAGGGUAAGGGCUUUGUUUACUAGUG